UCUCUCUCUUUCUCAAACCCUCUCCGUUUCUCACUCUCAUUGUCUCUCUCUCACAAUACCUCAAGUACUCAACCAUGGCUGAUCGUCCCCACCAAAACUCAGCCGAAACCCAGAAUACUAGAGCCCCAAGAUCCCCCCAACAAAACCAUUCCAUCACCUUCUCCAACUCCACCACCUCUGCAUUCCUACGUACACUCAAAGACCAUGCACCAAACUCCUCCCAGCUCGUUGGCCUCCUAUCCCUCCUCAUCUCCGGCUCCAUCUUGCUCCUCCUCGCUGGCCUCACCGUCACCGCCACAGUCCUCGGAGUCAUCUUCUUCACCCCAUUAAUCCUUUUCACGAGCCCCAUAUGGUUCCCCAUUGGGGCAUUCCUCUUUGUUGUAACUGCAGGGUUCGUGUCCCUGUGUGGCUUUGGUGUUGCCCUUGUGGGCGGUCUGUCAUGGAUAUACCGCUACUUCCGUGGGAUGCACCCGCCCGGUUCGGACCGGUUCGACUACGCGAGGAGCCGGAUUUAUGACACUGCGUCUCAUGUCAAGGACUAUGCAACUCAGUACGGUGGGUACUUGCAGAGUAAAGUGAAGGAUGCGGCUCCUGGAGCUUGAGCUUGAGCGGCUUGGAAGAUUUCUGGACCGAACCAGACCGGGUUUUCUUGUUUUCUUGCAUGGGUUUUUAAAUUUCUUUCUUUAAAUGCCCUUUUGUUUUUUAUAGUGAGAUUUUCUUUAAAAGUAUGGAACUUGGGUUUCUCAAUCUCAAAAUGUUUGAUGUUUUCUAUUUUAAUGCACGGAGGUUGGAGGAGAGUUGAUGGUGGGCCAGGAUAAGAGAUAUUAAGAUUUGUCUGAGAGCAAUGGUUAUUAAUUAUUACUCACACCCUAGACACACUUGUUUUAAAAUGAAAUUAUGAUUUUGUUUUAAAAGAAGCAUAUGUAUAGGGUGUGUGCAUAUUUUAGC